CGUUCUUAUCAUUUAUACAUUUGUACACACAAAACAGUAAGCGCAGAGAGUGCGUUCGAUGUUCUGACGGGACGAACAGCAUAAUAUUAUAAAUUAUUACGAUACUAUAUUAUUUACUAUCCGAUUUUUAACUACGUUGAUGUUUAUUAUCUAAGAUUGUUUUCGCGUUUUACGACCGGCGGAUAGGAAAUACUAGACAAUUAUUGUAAUCAUUACGUUUGAUACUUUGUUGACUUUUGCCCGUCGACCCAUCGACUAAAGUUACCGUAUUGUACGCACGCGCGCUCGACGUUUGUUUAUUAAAUGCGUUCGCCUAUACCUGAUCUUUGCUCGGCGUCCAGACGGUGACUUAAGUGACAACAGCUACCUAUAUCAUCGUCGGCAAAAGACGCUCUUGAAUACUUACAGAUCUCGAUUUUAUUCUUCGCCUAACGCCCGCCCGCCCGCUCGCGUCCGACUCGACUUGCACCCUGCGAAACGGAUCAAUCACUUUACGUCCGUGUACACAAUGCUUUCUGACGAGUUUGACGUGGAAGAAAACAAUUCACAGAGUGACAUAUUAAAUGAAGGAAGCAAUUCUGAGAAUGUUGAUUUAAGUGAUAAUUCUCUUCAAGUAGUUAUUUCUGAUGCUCUCAGUGAAAAAGACAGAGUCAAAUUCACUGUUUUGUCUAAGACAACAUUACCAGAUUUUCAAAGAUCAGAAUUUUCAGUCGUACGUCAACAUGAAGAAUUUAUCUGGUUACAUGAUCAGUUUGAAGAAAAUGAAGAUUAUGCUGGCUUUAUUAUUCCACCCGCUCCUCCGCGUCCAGAUUUUGAUUCUUCAAGAGAAAAGUUACAAAAAUUAGGUGAAGGUGAAGGUACAAUGACCAAAGAAGAGUUUUUGAAAAUGAAAAAAGAAUUAGAAGCUGAGUACUUAGCCACAUUUAAAAAGACUGUUGCCAUGCACGAAAUGUUCCUUUCGAGACUAGCUCAGCACCCUGUGUUUCGUUAUGAUACAAAUUUUCGAGUAUUUUUAGAAUACGAUCAAGAUCUUGCUGUUCGUACAAAAAAUAAAAAAGAACUUUUUGAGGAAAUAAUGAAAUCUCUGUCAAAGACCACAGAUGAAUACCUUCUUUCUGCAACUGUAAGAGAUGUCAAUGAUUUUUUUGAACAAGAAAAAAAUUUCCUCAUUGAUUAUUAUGGCCAUUUAAAAGAUGCUACUAUGAAGUCAGAUAAAAUGGUGAAUAAGCAUAAAGAUGUUGCAGACUGUUAUAUCAAGAUUUCAUCAUGUUUAGUUCAGUUAUCUACUUUUGAUCAUAGAGAUCUUGAUUGGUUUUUGAACCGCUUUUCCGAAACAUUGGAAAAACUUAGAAAAGUGGAAGGAAGAGUAGCAUCUGAUGAAGAUCUUAAACUUUCAGAUACAUUGCGUUACUAUGUAGGAGAUUCAUUUGCCGCAAAGCGUUUAUUAUAUAGGCGAUUACGUUGUUUAGCCAACUACGAAACAGCUAAUCGUAAUCUAGAAAAAGCUAGGGCCAAAAAUAAGGAUGUCCAUGCAUUUAACGAGGCUCAAGAAGUUUAUGAUGCUGAGGCAACACAACAGUUAUCAUGUGAAAAAUUUGAAGUUAUGUCUGAUAAAGGAAAAGAAGAAUUGAUUGAUUUUAAAGCAAGAAGAGUGUCAACUUUCAAUAAAAACUUAUUGGAACUUGCUGAGUGGGAAAUAAAACAUGCACAGCAUCAAAUAGACAUUCUAAAAACUAGCCUUGAAAUGAUCAACAGUGAAGAAAAGAAGUCAACACUUAACGUCGAGAUAAUCAACGUUCUACUAUAUAUGAUAGUUCUGCCAGAACUUAGUACAAUUUUUAUAACUAUUAAUUGUUUUAAAUUAAAACAGCCUUAAUCAUUAUAAUCUCUAUGUAUCCACCAUUUUUUGUAUUACUAAAAUAUUUAUUGAUUAUUACAAUUUUGAAAAUUAUAUAAAAAUAUUAUUUAUAGUUUAUAAUUUAUUUAAAUAUAUACAUUUAUAUUUUAUAUUUUAUACUAGGAAAUUAAUCAUUCCUUAAAUUGAUUAUAUUAUUUUGUAUUAUUAUUUAUUAGUAUCCACAUUUAUUAUCUUUAUAUUUUGGAAAACAGUUUUUACCAACAUUAGCUCAGUUAAUAUGAAUACCUUAUCAUUAAUGUUAUAUACAUAUAUAGGUAUAUAACAUAAUAUUGUAUUAUAAUAUUAUAAUACAAUAUUAUAAUAUAAUAUUUAUCCUAAAAUAGUACAUUACUGCUAUUUAUAAAGUUGAUGAAAUUUUAAAAUUCUGCCAUUGUAUGACAGAUUUUAAUUUUUCUAUUUGAAGUUAAAGGCAAGAUUAAUGAGUUUUCAAUUGAUUUAAUGUGUCUAUAAAAAUAUAUGUAUCACUUAUAAUUAUUUUACCAAAACAUUGUGUUAUAUACAAUUUUUAAUAUCAAUUUUACAUUGCAUAUAAUGCGUAUUGUGUUACUAUGACAAAUGAUAGUUCAAAUUUUCUUAUUCAUUCAAACUGCCUUUCUCUCAUACUAAAUCAACCAAUCGACUGUUGUAUAAUUUACAUUUGUGCAUUUAGUGUACCAUUAUCUUUCACUUGUUAUGUUUUGUGUUGUUGUUUGCAUACAUGUAGUUGGCACGACGUUAUCAGGGGAGCAAUUGUUUUAAUUUGUUUAUGUCUAUGAAUUUAAAUAAUUUAUUUGUGAGUUUCAAUUAAAUGAAACAUAUUGGCAUUGUGUAAUUAAAUUAACUAAGUCAUUACAAUUUUAUAUAAUAUAUUAUUUACUCAAAAGUAUCAACUAAUGACGUACAAAUGUUUUGGAUAACCUAUUAUGUAACAAAAUAAAACUGGGUUUUAAAACAAAUAGAUGAAUGUAAUAUUAAGUAAAUAA